AUGGCGGCCGAUACUCUACGAAAGCGAAAUCUUCCAACGGCGUCCCCCACCGACACGAGUCCUGCUUUCGGCGACGGAGGAACCGGCACGAGUGACCAUCCAGCCGGCGAAAUCAAAUAUGGCGCGUGGAGUCAGGUCCUGCGCGCAAUGCUUCUUCUGACAUGGUUCAACUGCGGCGCGGUCUGCAUCAACGUGACCCAAUUCCUCGGGGCACCGCUCUACUGGUGGAACAAAGACUACUAUUAUGCAUACAUGGCGUUGACGAAGCAGUCGUUUGCUAUUCUGGGGAUCGCAGCCACACGAUGGUUCACACCUACCAAAAUCCGCGUCAGUUGGGACAAGGAUCUGCGGGGACAAUUUCACAAAAACACGGCGGGAAGGCUGGAAACCACGUUCCCCGAACGGCUGGUCUACCUGGCGAACCACCAGGUCUACACGGAAUGGCUGUACCUAUGGUGGUUCGCGUACACGAGUAAAAUGCAUGGCCACAUCUUCAUCAUCCUGAAAGAGUCGCUCAAGUACGUCCCCGUGCUGGGCCCGGGCAUGAUGUUCUAUGGGUUCAUUUUCAUGGCGAGGAAAUGGGCCUCAGACAAACCCCGCCUUGAACAUCGUCUGGAGAAGCUGAAAUCCCGCCACAGUGGUCCAAUGUCCGGCUCGGCAGGGUUGGAUCCAAUGUGGUUGUUGAUCUUCCCGGAAGGCACCAACCUGUCUGCCAACACCAAAAGGAUCAGUACAAGAUGGGCGGAAAAACAGGGCAUUCCUAACACGAAGCAUGUCCUGCUCCCACGCAGCACCGGUCUCUUCUUCUGUCUACAGCAACUACAAGGUACUGUGGAAUGGAUGUACGACUGUACCAUAGCGUACGAGGGGACUCCGAAAGGUGGCUUCGCUCCCGACUACUUCACCAUCCGAUCUACAUACCUACAAGGCCGGCCUCCGAAAUGCGUCAACAUGCAUUGGCGCCGGUUCGCCGUGUCGUCCAUCCCGCUGAACGACGCAAAGGAGUUCGAGAAAUGGCUACUGGACCGUUGGCGGGAAAAGGACGAUCUCCUGGAGCAGUGGUACGAGACGGGCUAUUUUCCAGGCGACGCCGAAGCGGCAGACGCAUCCCGCGGCAUCUCCAAGGCCGGAUACAUUGAAACGGAAAUGACGCUCAACAACUGGAUGGAAAUCGGUCAGAUCUUCGUCGUCUUGGCCAGCGCCGCUUUGGUCGUCAAUGUCGGUGUGAAGUUCUUCCGCUUGUUUACGACGGCGAGAUGA